AUGGAAGCCUUAUUCUUCAAUGUUCAUGCCGGCUUCAUUGAGGGCAUCGUGCGAGGCUACCGCUCGGGUCUGCUCACAACGCAGCAAUAUCACAACCUGACACAAUGCGACACUCUCGAGGACUUCCGCAUGCAGCUUUCUCAAACAGAUUAUGGGAACUUCCUUGCGAAUGAGCCAAGUCCGAUCACCACGAGUACAAUACAUGCUAAGGCGACCCAAGUAUUGGUGGAUCAGUUCAACUACAUGAGGGCGAAUGCAGUCGAGCCGUUGAGCACAUUCCUUGAAUACAUGACAUAUGCAUACAUGAUUGACAACGUCAUCCUCUUGAUCACUGGUACACUCCACGAGCGAGACACACAUGAACUUCUGGAACGCUGUCACCCGCUCGGUGUGUUCGACACGAUGCCUGCCCUUUGCGUUGCCACCAACGUCGAGGAGCUGUAUCACAGUGUUCUUGUAGAGACACCAUUAGCUCCUUACUUCCGCGAUUGCCUCUCAGCCUCCGAUCUAGACGACCUCAACAUCGAGCUGAUUCGUAACACGCUGUACCGAGCCUAUCUGGAAGACUUCCACAAGUUCUGCAGCACGCUUCCUGGUCCUACUCCUGAUGUGAUGCACCAAAUCCUGGCGUUCGAGGCCGACCGCCGUACCCUCAACAUCACCAUCAACUCGUUCCACUCAUCGUUGUCGAAGGAUCAGCGCGCACGGCUCUUCCCUAAUAUUGGACGUCUCUUCCCUGAAGGAAAUAACGCACUUGCAAGAGCUGAUGAUCUGGAAGGUGUUAAGAACGCGUGCGAGUACAUCGGGCAAUAUCGCGCAUUCUUCGAUACGACGGGACAGGGGCAAACAAAUGGCUCUAGUGCACUGGGACUGGAGGAUACGGACGCGGCAUUAACAAGACUGGAGAAUGCGUUCUUCGCGCACGAGGUGCACUUGAACAAGCUCUCGUUCCUGCAACAGUUCCAAUACGGCGUGUUCUACUCAUUCGUCAAACUCAAGGAGCAGGAGAUUCGAAGCUUGACUUGGAUUGCGGAGUGUAUUGCGCAAGAAGCGAAGGAUCGGGUUGAGGAUUUUGUGCCAAUUUGGUAAAAGGGGUGGACGAUCGCGAGUCGUAGAGCAUGGUUGUAAAGAUACAUUGCAGCGGACUAAUUCACUCAUACCAUCGCCCUUCCCCUGCGCUAAAUAUACAUCAUUGGGGACAUCAGCGCUCUUAUCGCACUUGCUUCCCUCUCUCAAAGAUAGUCAACACCCUCCACUUCUUCUCCCCUCCCUGCUCCCACUCCUUGACAAACCCCGCUUCUCCGCCUUCGAAUUCCACCAUCAGUCCCUCCUCACUCCACUCGCACCAAAUGCCGAUGUUCCCAGCCUUGGGCCCGCCUCCGCCGCCUUUCCGCUGGGGCUCACCAAGGGCGAGUACAAAGUCUUUACCCAGCGUUGUGCGUGUGAUGGCGAAUGGAGGGCGCGGGGGCGAUCCAGACCGCGGUACGAAGGUGUACGGCAACCCGACGAAUGCUGCAUAAUCUGGUCCUUUCUUCUUGCCUUGCUGCUCCGGGGGAUUGUACAUAUCUACGCUCUCGAGCCUCAAACGCUCGCUCUCGAGCUCCUCCAGCGCUUGUGCAGACUU